AUGCCGGCUGAGAGACGAUCUCUGAGAUCCAACAACAAGUCAGAUACCUCGUCGUCCGCUAACGGGGACAAAAACCGUUCCAACUCCCAGAACUCUAGCUCCAACCCCAAGGACAAGGCUGCUCCCACCACCCGAGCUGCCAGCAGGGCCAAAAACACGAGAGCUGCCUCAUCGAACAACAACGCAAACGCCGACAUGGGUGAGCAGCGCGACCAGCCCCAGGCGAAUGGCUCCAAGCCCACUGAGAAUGGCGUGAAUGGCUCGGAGGAUGUGGAAAUGAGAGAGGAUUCGGCAGGUGCGCCUACAUCCUCAUAUUCCGCCAGCAAGGAUCGCAAAGGUGACGAGAAGAUGACUGUUGUAGUGCCCCCUGCCAAGGGUUCGAGGUUAUCCGCCGACAAAGGUCAGGAUCAGGAAGGCGAUGUCGCCAUGGAGGGUGCCGAGGGCGAUGAGAAGGAGCCAGAGGUUGACCCCAAGGUCAAGGCUGUCCAAGACAUCAAGACCAACUUCACCCUCCUCGAGCGCGCCGUCGCCCAUUUCGAUCCCAGAUUCACCCUCCGUGUCUUGCGGUCGAUAUCCUCCAUGCGCAAACACAUCACCGCUGAUGUGUUGGCCGAAGUCAUCACGGACGCCUACCCUUCAUCCAACCCCACCGCCUCCUUCCUCCUGGAGACGAUCGACCAGCCGGGUGCCUUUGAGCGCACCGCCAAGAUGGACGUGGAGUCGGAGAAGACGAAGUCGACCCCCAAGGAGAUUCUCCCGGAAAUCGAUACUUAUCUGUCCAUCCUUGUCCAGAUCUAUCUUUACGACAAGAAGGAGAUUCAGAAGGGUGCUCAGUUCUCCACGAACCUGAUCGAGCGUCUGCGGACAUUGAACCGCCGGACUCUCGAUUCGCUCGCGGCCCGUGUGUACUUCUACUACUCUCUCUUCUUUGAGCAGAUCGCUCCUCUACCUCCCUCCCCGGCGGCCGCCGUCACUACCAUCCGUCAGCCGCUUCUUGCUGCGUUGCGGACGGCAGUGCUGCGCAAGGAUGUGGACACCCAGGCCACGGUCAUGACGCUCUUGCUGCGGAAUUAUCUCUCGACGUCUCACAUUUCGCAGGCCGACCUGCUGAUCUCUCACAACCGCUUCCCUCCCUCCGCUUCCAACAACCAGAUUGCCCGCUACCUGUACUACCUGGGUCGUAUUCGUGCCAUCCAGUUGCAGUACACCGAUGCGCAUGGUCAUCUGAUCGGUGCGACCCGGAAAUCGCCCUCCAGCCACAGCGCUCGCGGUUUCUACCAGGCGUCCCACAAGCUACUGGUCGUGGUGGAGCUGUUGAUGGGUGAUAUUCCCGAUCGCGCCAUUUUCCGUCAGCCGGCUCUGGAACGCGCCAUGCACCCGUAUUUCUUGCUUGUCCAGGCGGUGAGUGUGGGUGACCUGGAUGGGUUCCUGAACAUCGUGAACACACACAGCGCCACCUUCCGAAAGGAUGGCACAUACACUCUUAUUCUUCGCCUCCGGCAAAACGUCAUCAAGACGGGCAUUCGCAUGAUGUCUCUGUCCUAUUCUCGGAUUUCCCUCCGGGACAUCUGCCUCCGUCUCCGACUGGACAGUGAAGAGUCGGCGGAAUAUAUUGUGGCCAAGGCUAUUCGUGACGGUGUGAUCGAAGCCACCUUGGACCACGAGCACGGUUUCAUGAAGAGCAAGGAAGUGGGUGAUAUCUACGCCACCCGGGAACCUGGCGAGGUCUUCCACGAGCGCAUCCGGGCUUGUCUGGCUCUCCACGACGAGAGUGUCAAGGCUAUGCGCUUCCCUAUGAACCAGCACCGUCUCGAGCUGAAGAGUGCCCAGGAGGCUCGUGAGCGCGAGCGCGAGCUGGCCAAGGAGAUCCAGGAAGGAGACAUGGACGACGAAGAUGCUGGUGGCGAUUUCGAUGCGAUCUAG